AAUCGUCAACAGGGGGGGGGGAAGUAAUUUUAAUCAGCGUCAUUCAUCCGCGGGAGAGGUGAUGUGUCAAAGUCUCGGUGUCCUUGAGAGUGGAUAAAAUAGAAAGAAAGCAUUUGACGUUUGAAAAAUAAGAGGAGGUGGAAUGCUCGUUGAUGAUCCGCAUUGCGUAACCGGAACGUAACUCGAGAGCCAACGCACAACGCGAGAAAGAAAGAUAGCAUUGCGCGACGUGUCGAGGACGAGGACGCUUUAACAAAACAAAAAGGAGAAUAAAAAAAAACGAGGCAGGCUCUUGGCCAGCGGUGGGGGGGAAAAAUAAGAGAGGAAAAUAGAGAACUGUUUGAUAAGCUACAAUAGUGGUUCAGUGCAGUGGAGACCAAGAGGUUGUUGUGCACUUUGUGGGGCUUCGAUGAAUGCCUCCAGGAAUCAAUCUAUUCCGGGAAACUGAAGUGGGAGAAAUUGCAAGGGGAUUCAUGAUUUUAUUCUGAUAACUAUUAACUCGUUGUCAAUUGGAGGUAAAAUGGGCAGUAUGGAUACGGCAGUGAGCCCAGUGGUGGAACAGUGUCACGUGUAUUCACGUGUACUGAAGAGGUAAUAGUGAUAUCAUCGACGGAAGUGAAUUGAAGUUUGAGUACCGGAAGUCCUGCUGGGUCCUCCUCGAUCUGAAUAGUGGCUGUUCAACGUUUGUCAAUAAAACGUGGGGUUUUUUGUCAUUGGUAUUAUACCAAGACUGACUUUUACUUCGAGUGUAACUGAGACAGAGAGGAGAGUUUCGUAAAAGGGAUUACAAAAUCGACAGUGGCAAGAAGUGAGAAACUACGAGAUUGAAAGAGAAGGAGAGUGAGGUAAAAAGAGAACGGGAGAGUUGUGUGUGUGGAAGGAAAAGAGAAAGAAUUGGUCGUGGGGAAGCCAAUGUGGGGAAAGUGAAGUUGCGGCAGCGUUGAUGUGUGACUUGAGGAGACGGUGAAAUUUUUUUUUUACAUGUGAAGAAAUAAAAAAAAAUUAAGCCAUCAUCGGAAAUUCUCGAGUUCGAGGGGAUAAACGGGCUGUUGUGGGAGAUUAAAAGCUGGUGAAAAAGGUUAGCGAGUGAAUGAGGCAAAAAAGCAAACGUGUUGGGAUUUUUCUUUUUAUAUUAAAUAAAAAAGUCCACGCGAAAGGAUAAGAGAAAGGAAUAGGAGAGACUUGGAGUGUUGAGUCCUUGAGAGUACCCAACGGGUAAAAGUGCUAGAGCCAACACAGCCGGCUGACCCUGGGGAAGCCAGGACCGGAGAGAGAAGAAGGAGGGAACACCAAUACCGUCACACCAGCGUUGUCAGUUGGUGUGAGAAGAGCCCGAGGAAAUCAAAUAGAAGGAAAAUAUCAACAGUUUUUUUUUAACUCCAUCAUCUCUUGAGGAUUAUUUCCACGGUUAUGGAUGUGCUCGUUCAUCAGUGUUAUUUAAACUUGCCAGUGUGAAUCGUCCCGGAAGGGACAACAGAGAACCGGAAGUGAGGGUGAAAGUGUCAAAAAAAGUGUUGAUUUUGUUUUCAAUGAUUUUUUUUUCUCCACUGCUGGGGAAAGGAUAAAUUUGGAGGAAGUGGUUAAAUUCACUUGUGUGAUCUCGAUUAAGUGAUAGUUGGGGUAAUUAAUUCAAUUUGUUGGCCAAGGAUAAAUAGAUGGGAUAAAUUAAACGGCUAAAUACAUUUCCAAUGUACCUCACGUGUUGGCAUUAUCUCGCGAUCUCGGAAGUAAAGAGAGAAAUUAGUGUCAAUGGAUAUUCUACGUAACGUGAAAAUGUUGUGGGACUCCUCGAGAGAGUCUUGAGGGAUUUGGAUUUCAUCGUUUUUUUUUAACGAGUUGUUUUGGUUGAUUGACCAGAGUGGAUAAUUACCUGUUACGUGGACAUUAACGGAGGAUUUCAAUCAAGACGAUGUAUACAGACGGUCUUCUGACACUCCACUAUGGGAAACACCCCGCCACCUUGGCCGCUGAGGUCGGGGCAUGGUACAGCGGUGAUCGUCACGUUGAUGUAACACUGGCAUGUGACGAUGGCUCAGUUGUCAGGGCGCAUCGUGUUGUUUUGGCGGCUGCUAGUCCACUAUUGGCUAGUCUCCUUCGUAAUCCAGCGCUUGAUCAUGUUGUUCAUUUGUCUGGAGUUAGGAAGACACAGCUCAAUCAUUUACUUGAAAUUUUGUACAAUGGCGAAGCUGUGAUACCUUCAGCGGAAUUGACUCCCUUGCGUGAACUCUUUGACCUUCUUCAAAUAAAAUCGGCGCUCUUCGAUCCGAAUCAGCCUCAGACAUCGUCCGACUCGGAUCCACUGAGGAUAACCACACCGCAGCCAUCAGACAGUCAGGAGAGCUCCAGUUAUGAGUCACAGUACGAUAAACGAGCGUCGAAUAAUCCCGCUGAUUGCUGUUCGGUGCUCAUCAAGAGUGAGGGCUGUGAUGAAGACGAAGUGGAACAGGAUGUUGAUGUUGAGGGGAUGGAGGGUGAUGGGAUGCUAUCAGAUAAUCGAGAAAGUAGUAUCGAACCUCCGAGGAGAAGGGACAGUUCGGAUCCAGUCAAUCUUAGUCUCAACUCCGGAACGUCGACGAAGAGCGAAAGCUCUCAUGACGGUACCCACAGGUCAGAAAAACCACUUUUGGAGAGGCGAGAGUCUAUGGAAGAGGCGGAAGAGAGGCGGAGACAGUUGGCAGCGCGUUUGUCGUUGGGUUUGGAACCCGGAAAACGAAAACCCGAGGAAAUUCCACUAGCACCAGCUGAGGCAUACGUGGUAACACCGCAUCGUAAACGUCGACCGGGUUUUCAUAAUUCUCCAGCACAAAAUCCAGCUUUUGUACCGUUUAAUCCUGGGUUCGAAACGCCUAGGAGGCUAACGGCUCCCCAUCCGCUGAGUGUAUCAGCACCACCGUAUUUACAGGACAGAUCAAUAACACCACCAGGAGGUUCCCACCGCCCUCCCAGUGCCGACCCAGCGUCGGCCGCCGGUCUCGAGCCACCUUGGGGGGCCUGGACCCUUCCUCCAGCUCGAGCCCCACCCCCUCCCUCCACCGAAGAUCCACCAAAAUGCAAUCCCGUCCGUGAAUAUCGCUGUACCUACUGUGGAAAACAAUUCGGCAUGUCCUGGAAUCUGAAGACUCACUUGCGAGUGCACACCGGAGAGAAACCAUUUGCCUGUCGACUCUGUGUCGCCAUGUUCAAGCAAAAAGCCCACCUAUUAAAACACUUGUGCUCAGUUCACAGAGGGGUCAUAGCAGCCCCUGACAACACGUUCACCUGUUGCUUCUGUUCAUUAAGUUUCGACAGUCUUCAGGAGCUCAUCAGGCAUUUGUCAGGGCCCCACAACAAUCUUUUACUAAGUAAAAAUCUGCAUGACUAACGACGGUAAUCAAGGUCGAUCCCGUCGAGCCUAAAACACAAUUCCCCAGUUAAUUUAAAUCAUCUUUAAAUUCUUGUCGAUUUUCAUUGUCUUUUUGCUGGCAAGAACAAUAAUUUUGCCGCAAAUUUUAUGAUGAAAAAAACCGGGAUUGACCUUGCUCGUCGAUAAUAACGAGUUCAAUACUCGAUAAUAAAUUGUGUAAAGAGAUUGAAUAUUGUUUGAAAAAAACUAAAAAAAACAAAGAAACAAUGACGACUCAUCAUCAAUGAGUGAGAUCGUUUCGAUCGCUCCUAAAGGAAACUACGUAACUCAGGAAACAUUUCUACAACCAUAUUUCUCAUGAGUAUUGACUGGAUUUUGUAUCUCAGAGGAGAUGACAGAAACCAAGUAUCUCAGUGAAAAUUCAGAAACACGUGACUCAGGAGCUCUGAUUAAUCUCCGUUUAGUUUCGUUAGUAACCUAUGAAUAAAAUUCAGAGCUGUCAAUCCUUUGCUCCCAAAUUGUUGCAGUUUUUCUUGUUGCUUGAGGAAAUCGUUCAUGAUUUCUAUGAAUCAAGCCUAUCAAUCUUUUAGGGAUCACGAUUAGCUGAUCCCUAGUUACCCACUCAUACCGAAAGCUAAUGCCGAAAUACUAAUAUCAAUAAUUGAAAAAUUUCUCGUAGAUAUUAAUGAAUAGAGUGGCAAAGAACCAAUUAGAUAAAAUGAAUGAGUAGUUUCAAAAUGAUUCACCAAUCCCUUCAUUACCCAACUACAUGAAAAUUAAUGUUAAAAUAAAUGAGAUGACAACAAUUUACUAAUCACUAAAUUCAUUGAAUACUCGCAAAGCCAUGAGAGGUUUGGUUUUCUGAGAACUGACGACCGGUGUGAAAUAUUCCCCAAACAAAGAAGUAUAUGAAAAUAUCCGCAGGAACUCUAUCCGAGGAAUUAAAAUAAAAAUGAUUAUUUUUCCAACCCAAAUAUCGGGCAAUAUGAUUGGCCCAUUCGACAUCACGUGGU